UAAUAAUAGCCACGUUAUUUAUGCUACUCUCGAAUAAUGUCGGCGGCGCUCAAUAUAUUUCACACUCGCUAAAUACAUUCAUAUCGUUUUAUCUCUGAUAGUGAUCAAUAGCGGGUACAUUAUAAUUUUCUUGCCGCGAGAUGUAUAUAAAUGUGAAGUGUUACAAUUUGAAAGAGCACGAUUACAACCGGCACGAGAAUCUGUAAUGUACGCAUUAGUUGACAUUUUCGUGGUUUAAUAAUUAAGUACGCAGAUAAAAUCGCGACUACGGGAAAGCUGGAAUUAUCGCACAUUCGAUCAAGAGGAGGGCGACUGAAUUUUUUAUGUCACGUCGCAUGUAGUGUUGCACUAUGCUUUCACUGUUUACUCCGUCCGAUAAUACGGCAGUGUACGCGCUAAUGUGCCCAUGAGAAGGCACGUUCUACCCUUUUCUUCAUAGUUCAUAGUUCAAUUAACAAUCCUGACUCGCUGUAAUGUGCAAGAUUUGUCCAUAACAAUUGAUUAGCUAGAUUAGACAUGAAACAAGUCAAGAUACAAACUCGUAAGAAACCGCGAGCUACAUGGUGGGAUAUCCUGAAAAAGGAAACCUUCGACUUCUGUCGUGAGACCGGAUUACAUGGCUACAAAUACAUCAGCCAGACUCAACGUUCUAAACCAGAGCGGAUCGUUUGGGCGAUAAUAGUGCUCACUUCUUUCUGCUGCGCUCUCGCUUUGAUAAAUAUGUCCUGGGAUGAUUACGCCAGCCGUCCCACCCUGACGGUCAUCGAGUCGACUCAUCAUGGAAUAUGGCAUUAUCCAUUUCCCGCAAUAACGAUAUGCAACUUUAAUCGCGUAUCUUAUAAUUUGACUAAGGAAUUUGUCAAUAAACUGAAAAUACCAACGAACAUUUCGAAGGAAUAUUUAAUUCAAGAGAUGCGGCUGACGAUCGAGUUGAUACUACCGGGAGUAUUCGGAUACGACGUUCAGAAAAAUCUUACUCGUCUGCAGAAUAUUAUAGAUGAUAACGAUCUAUCCAUUUUGGAUGUGAUAAGUUCGAUAACGCGAAACUGCAGUACUCUAUUAAUAAUGUGCAAGUGGAAGGGCCUGGUCGUGUCGUGUGACAAGCAUUUCAAGCAAAGUUUAGCUCGAGAGGGCUUUUGCUGCAGUUUCAACUAUUAUACUUCUUCAGACGCGGUGACAUCAGACAAUGUGCAAAAAUCUGCUGCUUGCGGGUCUGAGACCGGUAUGAGUGUUAUUAUAAAUCCCGAACCUAAUGAUUACCACGCUACAUACGUUGGAACAACUGGAGUGAAGACCAUGGUACAUUACUCAUACGAUUAUCCGAAUUUUAAUGCGCAAAGUCAAAUAAUACGACUAAAUAGCGAACAUUUUCUGAGCAUCAACCCCGCGCUGAUGUAUUCAAAAGAAGAAGUGAGAGACUUGGCGAUUUCUACACGGAACUGCAUAUUCGACGAUGAAGCUAAUGGAGUGUUAUAUGCUGAUGACGAAACGAGAAACUUGACUUUCGCAAAGUACACGUAUCACAAUUGUCUUGCAGAAUGUCGAGCUAGUAUCGUAAAAGCAAAAUGCGGUUGCAUUCCUUAUUACUUUCCUCAAAACAGUACUAGAGUGUGUAAUUUCAAGGAUGUCAAAUGCUUAAAAAAAUAUGAGUCGUACUUUGAUAGUUCAUGGCCAGAUAUGGAACAAAAUUACAGAGAUCUAAUAAAAUUACAAACUCCAAAUGAUAUCGAAAAGUAUCCUUGCGGAUGUAUGCCGGAUUGCACUCUAUAUGUCUAUCCUAUAGAAAGUUCUUUCGGGACUCUUGAUUCUAAUGUUUACUAUAAUAAGGGCAAUUUUUUAAGGGAUUCUCGUACUGGCAAUAGUAUAGAGAAUCAUAGUAUAAUACAUGUAUUCUUCAAUGAUUUAGUCGGCUUCCAAUACCGACAAUCAGUUAAUUAUAAUUGGCGAAACUUAUUCGCAUCCUUUGGUGGUUUACUGGGAUUGUUAGUCGGUUUUAGCCUCAUAUCCAUUUUCGAAAUUUUAUAUUUUUUCGUGAUACGCUUUAUAAUAGAUGUAUAUGUCAAUUCAAGAAAAUAAAACAACGUACAAUAACGUAUUUAAUACUG